AAUUAAAGAACGUAGAAUUUUUCUUAUUUUUUUGCUUCUUUUCUUAUUUUGUUGCAUUUGUUAUAUUCUAAUUAUAUAUAAAUUUAAAAUUAUAUAUAAAAUAAUAUUAAUAAUUUUGCAAUUUUUGUAUCUUUUUUUUUAUUUUUGACUGUUUACUUGAAAAAUAUUUUAUAUCUGUAUUUAUUUCUUUUGUAUUAUAUAAAUAAAUUUAAAAUUCUUUUUUAUGAUACUAUAAUACUAACCAAUUUUUUUUUAAUUUUUCUGAUUUUUCUCUUUGUACAAUUUUGAAUAUAUAGGAUAUUCCAAAUAUGACAUCAAAAAUGACAUAAAUUUGAAAUUCCUGAAGUAAUUUCAAGCAACUUUUUUCUUUGCAUAAAUUAAAAUUUAUUAUGUCUUUUUAAUCACAAAGAGAUUAAAUAUAUAUAAUAUAGGCUAGUCGAGCCGCAACAGUAGUGACGUGCUGUCAAUGUAUAAAUAACUUCACCAAUAAACAUCGUAAAAAGAAUAUUUCUAGUGUUUAUGUUAUUUAUCUCGACCUUGGAUCAUUUUAAAGGAAUUGGUAAAGCGGAACCGUAUUACAAUAAUAAUAAUUGCUCAUCUACGGAUAGCAUUAUUAUUUUUCAUGCAUCAAGUGAAAGACAACACGAUGAAAAUGAAAUGGUAGUCGAGAUUCUUAUUAAUGAAACUACAAGUGACACAAAUGUUUCACAUUUCAAGACAUCUACCGAUUGGAAUAAUUGGCCAAAUCUUAAAUUUCCUAGCACAAAUUUAGAGAAACAGUAUAAAAUGGCAAAUUUACAUCUGGAAAAGGGAAUAUUUGUUUUUGACUUUCUACGGAAAUUUUUAUCAUUUAUUCAACCUUAUGAUAUACCUAUUGAUUUAUUAAUAGAUGCGAUAGAAAACCGAUUAGAUACAUCAACUUUGAUAUCAAAGUCCAUACAUCUGGAAGCAGGUCCAUUAACAGUAUUUGCUAUAUGUUUUAUUUUAUGUUGUGUAAUACCUGGAAUAGAAUUAUGGCUUGCAUGUCGUCCAUUAAAGGAAGAUUACAAACCAUCUCAACAUCCUGGUAUACUUACAUUUUCCCUUGCAUUUUUCAUCUGCAUACUUGGAUUGGGAAUGAUUGUAAUGAUUAUAUGUAAUGAAACAAUGUCUACAAGCGUAGAAAAAUUUCCAGUCAUGGUUGAAGCUGCUUUGCAAGAUCUAAAUGACUAUCAUAGUAGUACAACCAUUCAAUUACGUAAAUAUCUUUUAAGAAGUCUAGAUGUCGCAAGUGAAGCAAUCUUUGCAGACUUAGAUAACAUAGAAGAAUUAUUAGGAAAACCAGUUCAGACUGAAUUAUCCAGUGAAACAGGAUUGAAUGAUGCAUUAAACACGCUCGUGGAUCUUUUAAAUGUUAGCCAAAAGGUUUCGAGCAAUGUCGAAUCUUUGUUAAAUGAUGGAGAAAAUAUUCGUAAUCUUGGUAAAGAAUUAACUAUAGAAAUUAAUAAUUUACGUCAAAAUUUAGAAAGUGCAUUAAGAGCUUGUACUGGUCAAGAUCGACCUCUCUGUACUAUUAUUGAUUCUUCUGGAUUACGAGUAACUUUACGUAUUGAUCAGCUGAUAAAAGAUACCCGUUUGUUACGUUUGCAUAAUACUAAACAAGAAAAUCUAACAAAAACUAUUCGUCAAGUUCGAGGAGAAUAUUUAUAUAUUCCACAACAUAUUGCACGAAAUAGUUUAGAAGCCAGAAAUCAAAUUCGACGCGAAGUGAAUAAAAUGCGAGCCAGGAUCUUCGAUGAAGCACGAAGUAUGGAAGCAAGCAAUUCAGAGCUCGUUAAGCAGUUAGAAUUUGCAAGACGUUUAAUGGACUAUACGACGCCAUAUAUAGUAGUUUUUGAACAUGUGAGAUGGCUCAUAGGUAUAGGUACAGUCCUAUGUAUUUUACUCAUCUGGCUAUUAUUGCUAGGAGCUCUUUGUUGUCGUUGUGGUGCAUAUGAAACUAAAAUUCGAUUUACACUUUUAUGUGGCGUAUUUAUGGCUUGUAUUAUCUCAAUUAUAUUAUGGAUAGUUUUUAUUAUGACUUUGAUAUUAUCGAGUCAUACUGAAAUGUUAAUCUGUCGUCCACUUCAUGAUCCGAAUUAUAAUACAUUACAAGCUAUUUUGGAAACUCGAAUAUUCUUAGGAAAAAGAUUAAGUGUACCUUUAAAGGAUCUAUUUGAGAAAUGUCGAAUGAAUGAACCAGCUUACCCAGCAUUUGGAUUAGGAAAUACAAUGAAAUUAGAGCAACUUGCUGCAUAUUGGACUUGGUCAAGCUUUUCUAGAAUUAUAUUAAAAAUUAAAGUCGAAUUGAGAACUUUAAAUAUAUUUCCAAGAUAUUUUGAAAGGCAACUACAUGAUUUAUUAUAUGCUUGCAGAUUAAAUUUAACAGAACAUAGAAUUAUGAUCCAAGGAAAAAUUUUAAAUAAAGAUUUAGAAAUAUUAUCAGAUCAAUUAGAUAAGGUUACCCAACGAAUGAAUGAUAAAUUAACAGCAAGAAGCUUGGAAACUAUUGUAGCAAUUAUGCAAGAUAUAAAUUCAAGGCGUUUAAAACCUUUGAUGAAAUUACAAGAUAAGUUGUUAUACAACCUUGCUGCAUUGGAAUUGCAAAUACAGCCGCUACAAACACAUAUUAAUUAUUCACUUUCUCAUUUGAAGAACAUUCAAUAUUAUAUUGAUAAUGAAGGAGAUAAAAUUGCUCAAUUAAAAACAAAAGCUUAUACAGAUCGAUUAGCUAAUUAUCUGGAUCAAUGGAGAUUUCAUGUAUUAUCUGAAAUGGGUAAUGGAAUAGCCAAAUGCCGACCACUUUGGAAUGUUUUAGAAGGAAUUAAACUUUUAUUGUGUAAUCAUUUUUUAGGUAAUUUGAGUGGAUAUUGGUUUGUCACAUUUAUUUGUGCAAUUAUCAUGAUAGCAAGUACACCAACUGCACAUAUUUUAUCAUUAGUAUAUAAAAAUCUAUCCAAUAAUGAAAAAGAUGCUAAUCUCGUAUCCACGAGAUCAGAGGACCCGCCAACUGAACCUGACCAACAAGAAAAUUGGAAUACACCGGAACCACCACCACCACCAUCAUCUGAAGAAGGAUGGCAAUAAAAAAUGUUUUAAAUAAUUCUAUUUCUACAUAAAGCUAUUUAAAAAUCUUUAAUUAUUUAUUUUAGCAAUUUUGUUAUAUAAUAAUUAAUAUAAUAAUAAAAUAUUUUAAAAAUAAACAUAAUACAU